AUGCUUUUCUUUCGUCGCCGUGAUACAUUCAGUCAAUCGAACUUGACAGAUCAAGAACGAUGCAUCCAUGCUUGUCUAUUCUUCGCCUUUUUAUUGCUGACAAUAACCAUUGUUUUAUUCUAUUUUGCAGCAACGUACAAAGGUACUGAUGAUCAACGAUUGUACUAUUAUCUUGGCGCUGGUAUCAGUCUGACUUUUCUUCUCUUAAUUACGUUAUGUACAGUGAUGUAUAUUCGUCGAUUCUAUGGCUCAGUAAUGUCGCCAUCACAACGUCAAGGAAUUAUAUUGGAAUCGGAUCAUGAAAGUUCCAAAUAUUCAAGUCAACAUCCGUGA